UGACUGAAGGAAGACAAUAACACUGAAACAGCGUUAAACACAGUGAGUUUUUUUUUUCUAACUGUGACUUUGCAAAAAGGAUAAAAGUUGGAAUAUUGUUUAGAAAAAAUAAUCACGAGUUGAAUAAUUUCAUUUACUCAAGAAAAUUAUGGAUGAUUUCUCGUCUUGUGACUAUCAAGUUCCUGAUCUUGUGACUGUCCAGUUCCUGGUUCUGAGACUGUCCAGUUCCUGGUCUUGUGAUUGUCCAGUUCCUGGUUCUGAGACUGUCCAGUUCCUGGUCUUGUGAUUGUCUAGUUCCUGGUCCUGUUACUGUCCAGUUCCUGAUCUUGUUACUGUCCAGCUCCUGAUCUUGUUACUGUCCAGUUCCUGAUCUUGUUACUGUCCAGUUCCUGAUCUUGUUACUGUCCAGUUCCUGAUCUUGUUACUAUUCAGUUCCUGGUCUUGUGACUGUCCAGUUCCUGGUCUUGUGACUGUCCAGUUCCUGGUUCUGUCACUGCCCAGUUCCUGGUCCUGUCACUACCCAGUUCCUGGUCCUGUCACUGCCCAGUUCCUGGUCCUGUUACUGCUCAGUUUCUGGCCCUGUUAUUGCCCAGUGCCUGUAAGUUCGUGAGAGGAAACUGUACCCAAACAUCCAGUACUCAGUCCUGAAAAAUAAGUUAGACCAAACUGUCGUUCCUUCAGGCAAUUAUCACCACCCUUAAUCACCUACUGUGUAACCCAUCAGUCAAAGGCUAAUCACCUAGACAUCAGUUCAUCAAGGGCCGGGGAAUCAUCAGUUUGCAGUCCCGUGGUUCAUGGUGUGGCACCCAGGAAUGGUGGGCCGAGCAGCGUGGGCACGCUAGAGGUGCCUAGCAGUGCCAGCAUGCAAGUGUGGGCGGUGCCACGGGCUGUGAGGGUGGCACUACUCCUACUGCUCCUCACCUCCUCCAACGUCAGCGCCCCGAUACCCACUGAUACAGGGGAGGACCUGGGUGCUGCAGGGCGAGGUAGGCACCGACGGAGAGCCUUCCCAGGACCUCACUUCCACCCCACCUCCCCCACUAACGUCACGGCGCAGCUGGGGGCGCACGCCUACCUACCCUGCAGGAUCAAAAACCUGGGCAACAAGUCGGUAUCCUGGAUCAGGAACCGGGACUCGCACAUACUGACGGUGGACCGGUACACCUUCAUCUCCGACGAGCGCUUCAUGUCGUGGCACGAGGCGCAGACGCAGACCUGGACGCUACAAGUACGCUACGUGCAGCAGCGCGACGCCGGAAGUUACGAAUGCCAAGUCUCCACCGAACCCAAGAUGAGCCACUUCGUACAACUUAACGUUAUUACUCCCAGCGUUACCAUUGCCGGAGAGUCGGACCUGUACGUCAAGAGUGGAUCAACGGUCAACAUCAAGUGCGUCAUCUCCGACGCUCUUGAGGAACCAACAUACAUCUUCUGGUAUCACGACGAUCGUCGGGUGCUGGGAAUCAACUCAGAUCGGAUCCUAUCGGUGAAAAGGAUUCCUCCGGAUACGUCGGUCGGGACCCUGACGAUCCACUCAGUCAGCUUGAGCGACUCCGGCAACUACACGUGCGCCCCGGCGUCGCUACAGAUGGCGUCCGUGGUACUACACGUCCUCAGUGGUGAGCAUCCUGCAGCCAUGCAGCGAGGCACUAACUCUGGCAAUGGUGGCACUAGUGCCGUGGCUGCAGCGCCAUCCUCUUCAUCCUCCUCUUCUUCCUCUUCCUCCUCGUCCUCGUGCACCUACAGCGCCUUGGUCUGUAGCGGCCUGGCGGUAGCGCUGCUGGCGACUCUCUCCUGGAUGCUGCGAGUUACCACGUGACCGUACGAGUGAGAGAUCUUCCUCCCCUUCCCCCUUUCUCUCUCGUGCUCCCACGCUCACAACUUGCAGGGGCCAGACCACGCCCA